UAUAAUGGUUGAUCACACUAAUAAGGACAUGCAGGAAAAACCAAUCUUAGUAUCUCUUGAAGAUUUGUACCAAGGAAUCCCAGAUGAAUCCGUUAACCUGACCUUUAAGCAUCUUGCUCAAGUGAACACAUCAGAGAAGAGAAAGCCCACAACAACCUUAACACCUGCACACUCUCUGACCAAACUACCUAGUCUUGAUUUCACCAAAGGCUUGCAAGGUUCUGGUCAUCACCAUGAUCAACACAACGUACAAGAUUUUGGCCAUGGAGAGUCGUCACCAUGGCGUCAUCCCGGUCAUUUUAACUACCAUUCAGAUGGUGGUUCACAAAGAAGUCCUCAAUGCAUGGUCAGUGGAGAUGAUCGUUCGAAGUGUGGCCUGAGCUUUGAUGGUAUUAGUGUUGCUUCAGGAAGAGGUAAUCGAAGACCACGACCUGGGAUUCCGCACUCCAAGAUUUGCGCAACUUGCAAUACCUAUAUUUAUAUAUUCCGAACCAGAUGCCUGGUGUGCGGGAGGGUUUAUUGCAGACAAUGUGUAGAAAUAGGAAUGGGGGAGAUGGUAGAAGGAAGAAAGUGUAUUGAGUGCCUUGGAUUGAGAUUCAGCCAUAGGUACAUAGAAAGAGCAGGGAAGGUAGGGUGCUGUAGCUGGAGGUAUCCAAAGACCCUGAAACAGGUUGAGCUGAAGUGUGCUGAGAAAGGACCAAGAAAGAGUGGAAGGUAUGGUCAUGUUGGGAUGGCACACUCAAGAUCACGAAGUCCUGUUAGCCCAAGAAGAAACCAUGGUGUUGCUAGCAAUGAGCACUCUUUCAUCAAUUCUUCAUCCUUUUCUCCUUUCUCACCACAUUACAGCCUCCCUCUAUAAAGGAGUAACAGUUUAAUGGCGACAUAUCUCCUAGGUGGAUCAGCCAUACGUUCACAAUUUCAUUUGUUUAACUUUAUUCCAUGUUUUUAA